AGCGGGUUUAUAAUUGUGAUCCGUUUUCACUUUCGUCUCCAAGUUCCAACAUAGAAACGCAACUACUCAAUCAAGAGGAUAUUUUUUUAUUUUGUAAUAGUGAAAUAUAAUGGCGGACUUGGAAGAUAUGCUUCUUGAAGCUGCAGGGGUAACUGGAAAAAACCAGCAUCAAUCCCCACCCCCUUCGAGGAGGCCACCAAAGGGUUCUUAUUCUGAUGAUGACGAUGGAAGUGAUAAUGAUUCUUCAAGGGAUGGUGACUCUGAUUAUGAUCGUCGUGGUGGGUAUAGUGGCACCAGGAAGCCUUCUUCUGCUUCUCAUGUUCCUUUAAAGAAAAGACCAGAUCCUGUUGAACGAGAUGAUGAACGUAGCAGCAGCAACAGCAGCCGUGAAGACUAUGAUGAACAGGACGACGACGAUGAUGAUGUUGCCGAUCGGUAUGAUCGUGACGGUGAUAGCGAUGGCGCAUCUUAUAAUAGUGAUCUUUACAUAGAUGAAAAUGAUAGGAGAAAGCUUGCUAAAUUGUCUGAGCUUGACAGAGAGUAUAUACUAGAAGAACGUGCUAACAAGAGAAGUGAUAAGGAUAUGAAAAUUAAUAUGAAGAAGAAGAAAGAACAGUCUAAGCAUACAAGAAAACAUAGCCCCCCACCUCACUCUGUAAGCCGGGGAGUGCGCUCUUCUGGUCGCUCAGCUGAUCGUACAUCUGCACAAAAAGAAACCUUGGACAAAUUACGUAACAAACAAAAAUUACGUCAUCAAGAUCCAGAGUCUCAUUCGAAACGCAGAGAUGCUGAUACAGAAAGGAAACGAAAGCACUAUCCAGACUCACCUACUAAAAGUCCCUCGAGUCAUAGUGAUGAUGCAGAUGGAAAUUCAACAGGUGCAAUGAAUGAUAAUGUUGAUGACAAUGUGGAUUCGGUUACAUACGAGGAUGUGAAGGGAAUCACCAUCAGAAGGUCUAAACUAGCUAAAAUGUUUAUGGAGCCUUUCUUUGAGGAGUUAAUUGUUGGUUGUUUUGUUAGGGUUGGCAUUGGGAAGUCAAAGACCGGGCCGAUUUACCGGCUCUGCAUAGUUAGAAAUGUAGAUGCAGCUGACCCUUACAGACAAUACAAGCUGGAAAACAAGAUGACUCAUAAAUAUCUGAAUGUUGUCUGGGGAAGUGAAAAUUCUGCUGCCAGGUGGCAGAUGGCGAUGGUAUCAGACUCACCACCUAUCAAAGAAGAGUUUGAUCAAUUAAAAAAAGAGAUUGACACUCAUGGUGGAAGGAUGCCUAGCAAACAGGAGGUGUUGGAUAAGCGAGAUGCCAUAGAAAAAACCAACUCGUAUGUAUACUCUGCAGAAACGGUGAAGCAAAUGCUCCAUGAUAAGAAGUCAACAAUAAGGAGACCAUUGAAUGUUGCAGCUGAGAAAGAUCGGUUAAGGGAAGCCUUGGAAGUAGCUCAAACGAAGCAUGAUGAGGUGGAAGUUGAGAAGAUUAAAGCCAAACUCCAAGAACUAGAAGCUUCCCGGCAGACUCAACAAAAAGAUAAUAAGGCGAUAAGACUUGCAGAAAUGAAUAGAAAGAAUCGGGUUGAAAAUUUCAAGAAUGCGUCUGAAGUGAAGCCCUUGAAUGCAAAGGCUGGUGAAGCAGGUUAUGACCCAUUUUCAAGGAGAUGGACUAGGUCCAGGAAUUACUAUGUCUCCAAGCCUGGUGAGGCUGCUGCCGAAGCCUCCCAAGCUGCUGCAGUUGCUGGUCUUGAUGGUGGCAACAUUACGAAAGCAGGCCUUGUUGCUACUGUUGUUGCAUUGGAAGCUGCCGCUGAUGCAGGGAAGUUGGUGGAUACUAGUGCUCCCGUGGAUCACGGGACUGAGUCAAACAUGUUGCAUGAUUUUGACCUUCCAAUUUCAUUGGCUGCACUUCAAAAGUUUGGUGGGCCGCAUGGAGUCCAGGCUGGGUUCAUGGCACGGAAACAGAGGGUAGAAGCAACAGUUGGGUGCCAGGUCCCGGAAAAUGAUGGGAGAAGGCAUGCAUUGACCCUCUCAGUAAGCGACUACAAAAGACGGAGAGGUCUGCUUUAAAAUCUGAUGCUUGAAGAAACUUGUGGGAUGGCGACAUUUCAUGUUUAGGUAAUGUAGUAACCGUUUAUGCUUUCUUUUGUUGGCAACUUAAUAGUAGAUAUGAACCUAAAUUAUGCUAUGGCUGUUUUUAUUGUUUGAUUUAUAGCUUGACCUAUAUUUGACAUUCCGAUAUUCUAGUAUUCUUUUUGUUUA